AGUCUGAGCCCGCCUCUGUGCUGUACCCAUUUUUCCUUCACUUAUGUUUCGUGCUGCCCCACUUAUUCAUCUGAUCUGUCCGUUACCUGGACCGUCCCUCAGUAUAGUUUGUUUGUGUUUUUUUUGAAAUUUGUUUGAAGCGCUUUUUUUUUUCGAAAGUCGCGUCCUAAUCCCCUUGAAGAUUAAAUUUGAUGUACGAUGAAGACGGCAUACAUUGACACUCGGCAUCUGUUUUCACCCUACAUCAGACUGGAGUACCACAGCAUCAGUGAGGCUUGUCCACGAAGGCGGGGGGAAGAUGACGCAAAGGUGAACCUUCAGGACCUUCAUUGAGCUACAUCAAGACAAGCUCGAGCGGCACCAUCAGAAGUGCGGAACUUACGAACGGGCGCAACCCGUCAAAACGUCAAAAAAAACUGGGGGCUAGGCGUCAAUAGAUCAUGGGCAACGAUAUUCUUCGCAGUUGUGAGCCGCCACACCAUGCGGACCCUUGCUGCGCCGGCAGUCCUCCGGGCGGCGAGGGUGGGAAGCGGAACAACACGAACGAGGAGCUCACGGAGAUCGAGCUGCAGUUUCAGCACAACCUAUCCCGAUCGGACAGUGACGGCGGGACUUUGGCUGGCGGUGCGUCGGGUAGCACCAUGGGGUCCCCAAGGGACGUCGACAGUUCGUGCUUUACGGUGGACCAGAAACUUGUGGACAACACCGCGCAACAAGAACGCGGCACCGCAUCAACGGCAACGCGCACGACGACGUCCAAUGAAAAAGACAAAAACAGCGCGUUGCUCCAGCCGGAGAUGUCGCAGCUCUCUGCGGUCGCUGCGAAGCUGGCGGUGGACACGACUAGUAGGAGAACAACUAGCACCACGAAAAACACCAGCUCGUGGUUUUCUCGUUUGGCAAAGCCGGUUGGCGAGAAGUUGAAAACCCGGAUGGGAGAGAUGAAGCUGGAGCCGCUUGUUUCGGAACUCCUCGAGAAAAUGGUGCGGGAGAGACGCCUUCAUUCGAUGUUGCGCGAGGAGAUCGAUGCGAACAACGGCCCUCUGAAUAAAACAAAAAAGCUGCAGCACCGCGCGACGGAAGUGGUCGGGUCCAUGCAAACGAGAAAUCGAGAAGGGAAAAAUGUUGACCUAGCGGAAAAGACUCUCGUGGACCGCGAGGAACAGACGAAUCCCGGGUGGCCGUCGCUGAAGGAAUUCGUGAAGGAGGACUUGAUUCCCAACUAUGCGAAAGACGCGAAAAAUCUGCAAUUACUUGUGGACCUGAUGGUGGAAGAAUUCUUCGAGGCCUUUUCCGGCCCGGACGUGUGCGCCUACCGCUAUCUUCGUGUGCAUUUCAAGGAGUGCCGGAAGAUGGAAAGCACGAGCUUAGGUUCCGGGGUAACCUUUGUCCUGGAAAAGAUGGCGGGGACCGUGCUAUUCCGGGCGGCGGUCUUCGCGGAGCAACUGGGUCGGACAAAGGAAGUGAGCAGCCCCAGAGGCGGGGGGCAAAACAAGAAAAAGAAGAAAGGAGCUCUUCUCUCGUGGUACAAGCAGCAAAUUUUGCACCAGAAUAAAGCGGAGCACUUGGGAGCGGAAGAUGGGUCCUCUCCGAUGAUCAUCCCGAACAGUACAUCAACUUCGAGCGGCUCCUGUGGGUACAGCAUGGACCUGGAGAUUCUCAGUGACGCCGACGCGGACCGGCUAGCUCGGGAGCAUAUCUUUCCCCACGGGAUCUUUCACCAGAAGUCGUGUCCCGUUUCGUCUACUCCGAGGCAUGAUUUAGACUGCACACGACCCCCUGCCGGGGAGCAGUCGACGCCUUCUUCCCCUGGAAAAUCGACUUUCUACAAGCUGCGGCAGGGGAAAAAAGAGGAGGAUGACGCCGACACAGAGAGCGCGGCAGUUGCACUGUCCCCGGGUCUCUACCUGCGGCAGCACCAGCGCACGAGCCCGAAGAACCGCGGUCUCCAGGCAAGACCCGAACUUGUUCCUGUCGAUAGUACAACUGCGAGUAAAACAAGCGGCGAAAGAACUGGAGCGCCUACCACCAGCGUGAAUAUCCUUCGCGCGCGGGACGGGUCGCCGAUCUACGUCGCGCGCGUGAAGCCGUUCUUGGAAAGAAUCAGCGGCGUGCUGUCCAGCGGAAAAACCUCGGACGCCGAAACGCAAAAAGCCUACGUGCUGGACUGCCUGCGGCGGGAGCAGGUGAUUCGGUCCUGUGGCUCCACCGGGUUCGUGGCCAUUUGGGACGCGGCGAACUGCGGCAUGUUUGACGCCGCGUACCAGAUGGCCGCAUUGGCGAAGUACGGCCGCGUGGUUUCGGGGAACGGGCCCCGGCACUUUCCGGACGGGAUAAUGAAGGUUUACAUCAUCAACGCGCCUUCGUUCAUCAACUACGCGCUGACCAUUGUGGACAAAUUCCAGUUGGCGUCCGAAGUGAACAAGGAGAGCAUGGAGGUCACGGAUACAAACGGGAAGGAAAUCCUGGAACGCUUUUGCUGCGAGAAGGUAGAAGAAGGACCAGAAUUAUCUUCAGCCUCAGGAAGGAAGAAAAUGACCCUCGCGACUUGCCAAAACUUCGAGGAACUGCGAGAAAAGUUGGAUCAGGUAUGGUCGACCUCGGACCGCGAAAAUUACAGUUGGGAAAUGCCAGGAAUCAGUUUUUCAGAAGUAGACCUCGAGGACUGCUCGGCCAGCACGCGGCCGACAACGGCCUCGUCCAAAAGAUCGUCUACUCUUACGGACGAUUCCCCGACGACUGGGCGGUCCUCGCGACGGGAAAGGGGUUCCUUAUCCAGCACAACGGGCGACCACACAACCGGUUCAAGAAGAAACAGCGGAACAAAGAGUAAGUCAGGGGCUGCAGCACCUUCAAUGAACACAUCAUCUUCGAGGACGAGUAAACAAGGUCGAAAGAAGAUGAAAAAACCGUUUGUCGCGCCACCACGAACGGAGACCUUCACUCGGCCGAAAUUCCUGCCCCGCACCGCGCCAGAGCUUUUCUCCCUCCCACGGAUUCAAGAUGGAAGGCGAAUGGGAGAUGUUGACGGCUUGUCAUCCUCCGAAUCGGAGCCCGAGCGAGAGGAAGCGCCCUGUCUGCGUGGAGAAGGGGACGAAGAUACCGUGUCAAAUUACUUUUCUUGCGACAGCGAACAAGAGGACUGAUACAGCAGAUUCUCUCGUCUUUUGCGUUCUUUCCUGCGGAUUUUUUCACUAGGUAGGUGUGCAAUCUUUUUGUUUGGUAUUGUGGGAAAGAAACACCAUUGAUUCUCGCCUGGUCUGUCCGAAGGGCUUCGAUCGGGCUUUGAUGCAGCUUUAGUGCUCGGGUUCGGUAUCAGAAAGUGAUGUCUUCAGGGGUGUACUUAAAAGAUCGGUUCUGUUUUUCAUUCGGUAAGCGCAAGUAACUUGUGACUUUUGUUCGCUGGUUUUGUAAACGCGAAUAGAACACGCAAAAGGUAAACGCAAA